UCCUCUUUGUGGGAGAGUGUGGAAAGGAAUACUUCAGAAAAAAGCUGAGAAUAUGACAUAAAACAGCAUCAGUGCGUGAGUGGCUCAAUCAAUUCCUUCUCUCGCGGACAACAUUGUCAAUUCGAGACACAAAAGGCAACAUUGUUAAUACCCAACAUUCAAAGCCCUUGAAUAUAUUGAUGAUGAAAGGCUCUUAGAGAUCAUGGAUUUCUAGAGCGCUACCAAAGGAAACCGAUUUCUCUUACCUUGAACAGAGUUCUCACCAUAAUCAUGGCAUCAAAUCAGAACCUCAGAGAUCUCCAGUGGGUUCUGCAUGCAAUCAAAUCCGAAAGCCUCAACCUACACAACAUCUCCUUCUACCUUUCUCAACCAACUUCAGGCUGUUACCAAGAAACAGAAAACUCUAUGAAUAUAAACAUCUCCAAGGACAGCCUUCCACACUUCUCCAACCUCCUCACAGUAUUAGGAACAGCCCAAAACAUCCAAUCAACUCUGAUAAACUUGGAGUUCCACCGAGUUGAAUGGGAGUUACAGCAAGUACUAAAUGUUGGCGUGUUGCUUGACAAUAGCUCGAGCAUUAAGCAAGUUGCUUUUCGAAGAAACAGAUUCCGAACAGAAUGUUUAUCGCAGUUCUCUGAGAUCCUUCAGAGAAAUAAAGUGAUCAAGGAGAUCAUGUUUUCUGAAUCAGGUAUCGGCUAUGCUGGAGCUGGGAUUCUUGCUUCGGCACUCAAGGUUAAUGACAGUUUGGAAGAAUUACAGAUAUGGGAAGACUCAAUUGGUUCGAAAGGAGCAGAGGAGCUCUCAAAGAUGAUCGAAGCAAACUCAACACUGAAGCUUUUAACAAUAUUCGACUCAAAAUCCCUUACAGCAACCCCACUUAUUUCAGCAGUUUUAGCGAGGAACAGGGCCAUGGAAGUUCAUGUUUGGAGUGGACAAAAUGGAGAAAAAAGUUCAAAGGUCGUCGAGUUUUCACCUGAAAACAGCACACUUCGUAUAUACCGUCUCGACGUUUCAGGUGCUUGCAGGGUUGCUUGUGCACUUGGGUGGAACUCAACGGUCAAGUCACUUGACAUGACUGGAGUCCGGCUAAAAUCACGGUGGGCUAAGGAGUUUCGAUGGGUUUUGGAACAGAAUAAUAGUCUUAAAGAGGUAAGCUUGUCAAAGACUUGCCUCAAAGACAAGGGAGUCGUAUAUGUUGCGGCUGGACUAUUCAAGAACCGGAGUUUGGAAAGCUUAUAUCUAGAUGGAAACUGGUUCAGCGGAAUUGGUGUGGAACAUCUACUCUGCCCUUUGAGCAGGUUUUCCGCACUCCAAUUCCAAGCCAACAUUACUCUGAAGUCUGUAACUUUCGGAGGACGGAGAACGACAAUGGGAAGGGAUGGGCUUGCAGCCAUUUUGCAGAUGCUAACAACCAAUGAAAGUGUGACCCGGCUUGGAAUAUACGAUGAUGAGAGUUUGAGACCGGAUGAUAUUGUCAAAAUCUUCAAAAGCUUGGAGAGGAAUGCCACUUUGAGACACUUGUCUUUGCAAGGCUGCAAAGGGGUUCGAGGAGAGUUGGUGCUUCAGACAAUUGUGGAGACAUUACACAUAAAUCCUUGGAUUGAAGUCAUUGAUCUCUCAAGAACACCGUUACAGAAUUCAGGGAAGACUGAUGGAAUUUAUCAAAGACUGGGUCAGAAUGGGAAGACUGAACCAGAAAUGGAUUUGCUAAAGGACAUGCCAUUUACGGUGCCCAAGAGCUGUAGAGUUUUCUUCUGUGGGCAAGAAUAUGCGGGUAAGACCACACUAUGCAAUUCCAUAUCACAGAAUUUCCCUUCUUCAAAAGUGCCCUACAUGGACCAAGUUAGAACUCUAGUCAACCCAGUUGAACAAGCUAUUAGAACAAACGGAAUGAAGAUAAAAACUCUCAAAGAUGAAGACACAAAGAUUUCAGUAUGGAACCUUGCAGGUCAGCAUGAAUUCUAUUCUCUCCAUGAUCUCAUGUUUCCAGGGCACGGGAGUGCAUCGUUCUUCUUGGUCAUAUCCAGUUUAUAUAGGAAGCCCAACAACAGAGAACCAAAGACUGCAGCUGAAAUAGAAGAGGACCUCCAGUAUUGGCUCAGGUUCAUAGUUUCGAACUCGAGAAGAGCAGUCCAACAAUGCAUGCUACCAAAUGUAACUAUAGUCCUGACACACUAUGAUAAAAUCAAUCAAGCGUCACAAAACUUGCAGGCAACUGUAAAUUCUAUUCAGGGUCUGCGAGACAAGUUCCAGGGGUUUGUGGACUUCUAUCCAACUGUAUUCACAGUUGAUGCAAGGUCAUCUGCAUCGGUCAGUAAACUCGCUCAUCACCUUCGGAAGACCAGCAAAACAGUUCUCCAGAGAGUUCCUCAAGUUUAUCAACUCUGCAAUGAUCUGAUUCAGAUCUUAUCAGACUGGAGAUCAGAGAACUACAAUAAGCCAGCAAUGAAGUGGAAAGAGUUCGAUGAACUUUGCCAAAUUAAGGUUCCACCAUUAAGAAUCUCAAGACAUGAUAACAAAACGAGGGUUGAAAUGAGGAGGAGGACUAUUGCUACUUGUCUUCAUCAUAUGGGAGAGGUCAUUUAUUUUGAUGAUCCCGGGUUUUUAGUCUUAGAUUGUGAGUGGUUCUGUGGUGAAGUGCUUGGCCAGCUGAUAAGAUUAGAUGAUAGAAGGCAAAGCUCCGUGGAGAAUAAUGGAUUCAUCAGUAGGAAAGAAUUGGAGAAGAUUCUGAAAGGAAAUUUGCAGAGUCAGAUUCCGGGAAUGGGUUCAAAGGUGUUUGAGAACUUGGAUACCAGUGACCUUGUGAGGAUGAUGCUGAAACUGGAACUCUGUUAUGAACAAGAUCCAUCAGAUCCAAAUUCUCUCCUAUUGAUCCCCUCGAUUCUUGAAGAAGGCAGAGGAAGGCCACAGAGAUGGCAGUUAAGCACACCUGACUGCCUUUAUGCAGGACGGCAUCUUGAGUGUGACGAUUCAAGCCACAUGUUUCUCACACCAGGAUUCUUCCCUCGUUUACAGGUGCAUCUCCAUAACAGAAUCCGGGGUCUGAGGAACCAACAUGGAGCAACUUACAGUCUUGAGAAGUACCUCAUCUCAAUAAGUAUCAACGGAAUCUACAUCAGAAUAGAGCUUGGAGGACAGUUGGGUCACUACAUUGAUGUCCUCGCAUGCUCAACCAACAACCUGACAGAGACCCUUCGACUCAUCCAGCAGCUCAUAAUUCCGGCAAUCCAAAGCCUCUGCCAUGGGAUAAUUUUGACUGAGAAUGUCAUGCGGCCAGAAUGUGUGCGAAAUCUGACACCCCCCAGAUACAGGAAAACUCAAUUUGUGUCUUUGCAACAAUUGAAACAAGCACUGCUUUCCGUUCCUGCGGACAGCAUGUAUGAUUAUCAACAUACCUGGAGUUCAGUGUCAGACUCUGGCAGGCCUAUCCUCGGAGCCGGUUUUGAUUUGGCUAGAGAGCUACUAUCAGAUGAUGACUUUCGGGAAGUACUGCAUCGAAGAUAUCAUGACCUAUAUGACCUUGCCGUGGAAUUGCAAGUCCCACCAGAGAACAACCAAGAUGGACCAGAUCACCCAUUAUCUACAAGUGAUGAAACAGACAAAGUUGAAGCAACGUUUGGCGGUAUUGCCAAGGGAGUAGAAGCCGUUUUGCAGAGACUGAAGAUUAUUGAACAAGAAAUAAGAGAUUUGAAGCAGGAGAUCCAAGGAUUGAGAUAUUAUGAACACAGACUCCUCAUUCAGCUUCAUCAUAAAAUGAACUACCUGGUGAACUACAAUGUCCAACUGGAAGAGAGGAAAGUACCCAACAUGUUCUAUUUUGUCAGAACAGAAAACUACUCAAGGAGAUUGGUCACAAACAUGAUUUCUGGGAUGACUGCACUCCGGCUUCACAUGCUAUGCGAGUUCCGACGAGAAAUGCAUGUCGUUGAAGAUCAGAUGGGCUGUGAACUGAUGCAAGUCGAUAACAGGGCUGUAAAAUCUUUGGCUCCAUACAUGAAGAAGUUCAUGAAACUGUUAACGUUUGCUCUAAAGAUAGGAGCCCAUCUAGCAGCUGGGAUGGGAGAGAUGAUACCGGAUUUGAGCAGGGAAGUUGCCCACCUGGCUGACUCUUCCCUUAUUUAUGGGGCAGCAGGAGCAGUUGCAGCUGGGGCGGCUGGGACUGCAGCUAUGGGACGGGUGCAGGGGAUUAGGAACAGAGGCAGGGCCAUAGAAGGCUCUAGGGAUAUUCAGCAAGAUCAAAGAACAGCGCAGCAAUGGGUCGUGGAUUUUUUAAGGGAGAGGAGAUGCUCAACUGGAAAGGACAUUGCAGAGAAGUUUGGAUUAUACAGAGUGAGAUACAGGGACGAUGGCCAGAUUGCUUGGGUCUGUAGGAGACAUAUGAGCAUCAGAGCAAAUGAAAUAAUGGAAGUUCCCAUCUGAAAUUUCGCAGAAUCUUAGGAAUGGCAAAUGAAAUGGCUUGGUUUCUUCUUUAUUAUCCAUCCAAUUAUUUCUAUGAAGUAUUCCAGACAGUAGAAGUGUUUCAAUGAAUUUUAACGCUCAUGGUUCUUUGCU